GUCAGUGAGUGGAAGAGAGUGUGUCCGCCAUUUACAGUUGGGAAGAAGAGUGUGUGUAUCUCUGAUCUGACAGGCGGGAUAGGCACCCAUCUUCGCCCCCCCUUCUUACGUGGGGGGCCCGGGCUCGAACUUAUACCAUUUGUAAGAAGUGGACUAUUGGCGAUUUUCUUUUGUUGAAAAAUCGGUUCCAGUGGUAGAGAGGAAGAAGCCGGGAUGUUACGUAUGUGGAAGGGACCGCAGUGAGAGCCUCUCCCCGGGCAGCUUGAUCUUGCCCUGUGGUUUCUAUUGUUGCUCCCAGGCCGUUCCUGAGCGGCAGUGUGGACGGUCUUUUCUUGUCAUCAUCAUUUGUUGACUUUUUAAGAAAAGCUCGACAGAUUCAUCGCAUCCAUUUUGAAAGCUUUGGAACCAGAGCCUUUACGGACAUCGACGGAACGGUUGUGGCGCUGUACAUCAUCGAUGUUUUAAAAAAAAGUCUCCACAUAUUCGCUGUAUCCGUGGGGCUGUUCUGCUGUUGAGAGAACUAUACAGGUCGUUACUUUGAUUGUGCGUUUUUUUGGAGGAGGAACAAGUUAAAAAAUAAUUUCUGGACCUUAAAUUGAGGAAAAAAGGAACUAUUUUCGCUGUUUUCACUGACAGUCUUCUCUUUUCCAUUUUAAAUUCCUUUACUCUCCUGAGAAAUUGAGACUGAAUGAAAGCGGUUUCGGAUUUUUAAAUUAAGGAUGGACGGAUCACAUCAGAUGGUCCAUGUUUAUCACGCUGCAUUGCAACUGACUGAGGUGGACAGUAUUUUUUGUCUCUUUUUUAAAGGAACGUCAGUGUUCCGGGGAUCCGACCCUUUGCACAAAAAUAGUAUGGAAUUAUUUUGUAUUUAAAAAAAAAUUGGUUUGCAAUCGUCUCCUUGUAGUUAACUUAAAAAGAUUGCAUUUCCCUUGCGUUGAAAUUUUGGGUUAGAGAGGAACCACUGCAUUUUGUUUUGUUUUGAAGCCGAUUGCCAAUCGGUUUUCUUGUGGCAAUGUCAGAAAGCGCAGACAAAAUUGGUUCAUUAUUGCGUCCUCCUAAAAAUGGUACCAAUUCCAGUUCUGAUACUACAAUAGGAGAACGUCUUGGAGUAAGUAUGAGAAAAAAGGAAGAGUUCAACGCCCUCAGGAGGCGGAGGCAUACAAUGGACAAGGACAGCAAAGCAGAGCACCAACGUUUUAUUAGGAGGAGUGUGAUCUGCGAUUCCAACGUAACCGCAUUGGACCACUUGCCCAGUAAGACCAGCAUUAUCGUUUCUCCGCCUGAAUCGGACAAUGCAACCAUAUUAAUAAGCGGUGUCACCAAUAAUAGCGAAGCACCGCCUCCAGUACAGACAACUCCCGUUGACCCAGUGUCUACUGCAGUUCCUGUAAUUGGCGAAGACAAAUGCGAAAAUUGCACUGAUGGCAGUGCGAAAGAUGGAAACAGGGUCGCAGGUAUUGGCGAUGAACCAUCUCGGCCCCCUAUCCGUUCGCCCGAUGUCUACGUUUGCAGUCAUGCUGUGAGUACAUCUGGCAGCAUCAUCAGCAAAGACAGAAAAAAACAAAAAGCUGUUCCAAUCAAGGAGGAGGUCGAGUCGAAAGUCAGCGAAGAGGACAGUGCGGAGAACCGAGAGGCGGAGGAGGCAAGGAAUCUCGAGAGGAAGGCGCAGGAGGAUAAUGAAGAAAUAGAGACAAAGGCUGUGGCAACUUCCCCUGAUGGGAGGUUUUUGAAGUUUGACAUAGAAAUUGGGAGAGGAUCUUUCAAAACUGUCUAUAAGGGUCUAGACACGGAAACAACUGUUGAAGUAGCUUGGUGUGAAUUGCAGGACCGAAAGUUGUCAAAAUCAGAAAGGCAAAGGUUUAAAGAAGAAGCUGAAAUGUUGAAGGGCUUGCAGCAUCCAAAUAUAGUCAGAUUUUAUGAUUCUUGGGAAUCAACGUUGAAAGGAAAGAAAUGUAUCGUGCUGGUGACAGAAUUGAUGACGUCGGGUACUCUGAAAACUUAUUUGAAAAGGUUUAAGGUGAUGAAAAUCAAGGUGCUUCGAAGCUGGUGCCGUCAAAUCUUGAAGGGUCUCCAUUUUCUUCAUACUCGCACCCCACCUAUCAUCCACAGAGAUUUGAAGUGUGACAACAUCUUCAUUACAGGCCCUACUGGAUCAGUUAAAGUUGGCGAUCUUGGCCUUGCUACAUUAAAAAGGGCAUCAUUUGCAAAAAGUGUAAUAGGUACCCCUGAGUUCAUGGCUCCUGAGAUGUAUGAAGAAAAAUAUGACGAAUCAGUUGAUGUUUACGCUUUUGGGAUGUGUAUGCUAGAGAUGGCAACGUCAGAAUAUCCAUAUUCGGAAUGUCAGAAUGCUGCUCAGAUCUAUCGUAGAGUAACUAGCGGAGUGAAGCCAGCCAGUUUUGACAAGGUAGCAAUCCCUGAGGUUAAAGAAAUAAUUGAAGGAUGUAUCCGCCAGAACAAAGAUGAACGGUAUGCAAUUAAGGACCUUUUGAGUCAUGCCUUCUUUCAGGAAGAUACUGGUGUUCGUGUAGAGUUGGCAGAAGAAGAUGAUGGAGAGAAACUUGCAAUUAAGCUUUGGCUGAGAAUUGAAGAUAUUAAGAAGCUUAAAGGAAAAUAUAAGGAUAAUGAAGCCAUAGAAUUCUCAUUUGACUUGGAAAGAGAUGUUCCAGAGGAUGUGGCGCAAGAAAUGGUGGAAUCUGGAUUUGUAUCUGAAGGAGAUCACAAAACAAUGGCAAAAGCCAUCAAGGAUCGUGUAUCACUAAUCAAACGAAAGCGUGAACAACGCCAGUUGGUCAGAGAAAAACGGAAAAAGCUAGAAGAACAGCAGAAGAAGCAUGAUCAGCUGCAGCAGCCAAAAGCUCAGCAAGGUGCUAGUGUCACUCAAACUGGAGGAGGGCAUCCAUCCCAGUUAUCUGCCACAGCAAUCUCUUCUGCUGUCUCUGCAACCCAGCCAACUCAAGUUGAACCUGAAGAGCCUGAAGCAGAUCAACAUCGUCUACAAUACCAGCCAGCUGGAAACUCUGUUACAUCUGAUGGCACAUUUGACAGUGGCCAGAGUUCAUCUGGGUUUUCAGAUUCCCAUCUUAGUCAAGCAGUUUCCUAUGGUUCUGUUCAAGAACAGCAUAUUUCAUCUGGCCAGCCCCCUGGUUACAGUCCCCCAAAUGUCCAGGCAACAUCACAACAGCUCGGUGGCCAUCAACAAUCCACAGGGCAGCCCCCAUCCCUUGUGCAUCCUUGUGGGGGAUUUACAUCACAACCAGAGACUGGUUCAUAUCCAUCUAUUCCUCAAAGACCAUUUUCUUUCUCUCCACCACCAAGUUUUACUCUGAAACCUGCUAAUCCUCAACGCCGCAAAAGUACUUCCUUCCUGGAAGCCCACACGCGCCAUUUUCAGCCGAUGCCAAGGACUGUAGGCCAGAACACCCUGUCUCCUGGUGAUUUUUCAAAUCUGAAUGCUGAAAGCUCAUCCAUGAAAGGCUUGGUUACUCAUAGAUCUGCCAGUGAACCAAUCCAUAUUGAAGGUCGGGUGCAACCAGAACUUUUCCAUGCUUCUAUUGAAAGCAGAUCAGGAUUGGGUCAAUUUGAGGACAUUCCACUUCUGUAUUAUCCAGCAAUUUAUCCUUGUAAUGUGCAACUGCAGCAAACUUUGCAAGACCCAUAUGAUGCUGUAACUCACAGUAACUUCCCCGCUUUUGCACUUCCUUUGCACCAAAUUCCAACUGAAGUAAAUGUGCAACAGCAGCAGAUUUAUUCCCAGCCCUCGAGUUUGGAGGAGUCCUUGAGUGGUCCGACUUUUCUACCCUGCCCAAAACGAAAUCUGAUGGGCCAUACAUCUCAAAAGAUGCAGGUGGCUUCCCACACGCUACCAGCUCAUAUUUCAAAUCUACCUUCUCAUCUCCAACUGCCACAGGAUGUGACGCAAAUGCAUGGACAACACAGGAAGGUUGGAGAACCACAGGCAGUAUUUCCGCUGCCAUCUAAAAUAUUUCUACCUGUACGGGAAGAUAAAGAUGCUCAAAAUGAACCUGUGACAGCAGGUGUAUUCACACAAAAUAAUGUUGGGGCGAUGAAUACUGUGCUCACUCUUCAGCAUUUGACUGUCCCUCAUUCUGCACCAGCUGUUCCACAAUUAAAUGAAAGCAGAAGUGGGUCAGUAUUUGAUUUUCAAGUUUCUCCAGUUCAUGUGGAAAGUAAUGGCAUCCAAAUUCCAUUUCUGCCAUCUGCUCAAAGAAUUUACAGAAGUCGGCGGGGUUCAGUGGACCUCAGCUUGGAUGACAGCCAAGGAACUGGAAUGUACAGCAGGCUUCAGCCAGUGACCGAAGAACAGGUUGUUUAUUUCAGUUCAGAUACUCUGGUACUUCCAGGAGACUUCCUGCGGAAGAGACAGCCAAGGUCCGAAGAGCUCUCGCAGAGUCUCAGUCCACAGCGUUCAAGUGACUCUGGUCAGUCGAGUUCCUCAGAAACCAGAGAAUUUCAAUCACCACCACCUUUGGCUUCCACAACUCCAUACUUCAAUUUAUCAGUAUAUCGUGAGCAGCAACAGGUUUUGCAGGAGCAUGGCACUGAUUAUGAAACAAUGCAAAGUGUGCCAGUCUCACUAGCUACAUAUCCAUCUGUGCUCAUUCAGACCAACACAGAGUCUUUUCAAGCACCCUCGGGGACAGCUGGCUUGUAUCUCCAAGUCAUGGAAGGAUCCAGUUCCUAUCCUGUUUCAUCCCAGCAGAACUUGCCACUGGAUCACAGUUCUGCAGAUGGACAGUGUCUACCUUUGGUACAAAUGCAGAGCCAGCUCCCUUCAACCAAUCUUCCUCUGGGUGUGACCUCACAGCAUACGCCUUCGCAACCGCCAUCAGGUUCCAUGCAGCAGACAAGCCAGUUUGGCAGUUACUUCACCCCAACGUAUCUUCCACAGACAAUACAGCAGCAAUCUGCACAGCAUUCCUUGCCACAGGUGAAAUCAAGUGGCCCAGUUCAAAUAGUUUCUCAACAUCAAAGUGUACCCAUGGUUCAGAACCAAAUACUUGCUACUCAACAAGGUCCUACUUCAACACAGAAUUACCCGACGCAGUUGCCAGGUGUGGCUCCAAGUCCUGUGAAGUCUUCUAUUGGUGUUCAGUCCAGUGUAGUUUCACCACCACUUUCAGUUUCAACUGAAGUUGUAUCCCAGCCUGUCACACAACCAUCGUAUCAUGUUGGGCUUGCUGCAGGUGUGGUACAACCCUACAUUGAAUCUUCAGCAGCUGGACAAACAAGAGUACUGCAACCUGGAACCACCACUGUUCAGAACCAGAUUGGGCCUCCAACUCAAUUACAGACACAAGCGUCGCAAGAGGUGCCCCAAGCUUCUCCACAGACAUUGUCUGUCGAGCAGUUACAAUUAUACCAGUUGUGUUCAUCUGUAGACAGUGCUCACUCUGAUGUUGCUUCGGGAAUGAGUGAUGGAAAUGAAGGCCUUCCAGCAAGUGGAGGUAAUGAAGGCCUUCCAGCAAGUGGGAGACAUGAAGGGAGAUCAGCAAAACGGCAUUAUCGCAAAUCUGUGAGGAGUCGUUCACGUCAUGAAAAAACAUCUAGACCAAAGUUACGAAUUCUUAAUGUUUCAAACAAAGGAGAUCGGGUUGUGGAAUGUCAGUUAGAAACACACAAUCGAAAAAUGGUUACCUUUAAAUUUGAUUUGGAUGGUGACAAUCCAGUAGAGAUAGCAUCUAUUAUGGUUCAAAAUGAAUUUAUCCUGGAGACUGAGAGGGAAUCUUUUAUUGACCAAGUACGGGAAAUUAUUGAAAAGGCUGAUGAAAUGUUGAGUGAAGAUCCAAGUGGGGAACCAGAAGGUGAUCAAGGAUUGGAGACCGUAAAAGCACAAGUCGAUGUUUGCUUUAGUCAAGCACAGAAUGCGGAGGGCAUGUACAGACAACAAGAAGCUCUAAUAUCUGUACCACUUCAAUUAGGUACACAGGCGGGCUCUGCAAUGCAAGUGGUCCAUUCAGCUGGAAGACGAUUUAUUGUCAGCCCAGUUCCUGAGAGCAGAUUACGAGAACCAACAUUAAGUAUGGGUGUCACUUCAGUUAAAGAAACUUCAACAGCUGUUUCCCACAGUCACAGUCUAAACCUGUCACACUCAGCUUCCUCAGUGAGUUUGCAACAAGCUUUUUCAGAUUUAAAACACAAACCUUUUCAAGAGGGCCCUAAUACUGCUCCUCCUGUCUUCAGCCAAACCAUUCCACCAUUUUCUUCGGUACAUCCAGAAAUGGCUAGUAUUGGACAAGGAAUUAAUACACAAACAGUGGUGUCAUCCUCAGCACCAGCUAGUCUAAUAGCUGCUAGUUCUGCAUCUCAAGCCAAGGUGCAGAGUAUUCAGUCACCACCAGCUGAGCAGUUAACUAAUGAAACCAUUGCUGGUGUAGUUGCCUCUAACACUAUUUUGCUGCCUCCAACCUCUCAGCCAGCUCAGCAGUCAAUUGGAGGCACCUCUGCCAAUGUAAGCAUUCCUACUUGUGUAUCUCCACCACAAUCAUCCCAGCCAAGUCGGCAAAUAAUUGGAGGCUCUGUUGCAAGUGUUCCUGCUCCAAGUUCAGUAUCUCCACCGCUAACGUCGCAUCUGGUACAACAUUUGAUUGGGGGAGCUGCAAUCAGUGGAGCGCCUUCAACUUCCGUUUCUCCAUCUUGCACUCAGACUGUGAUAUUGCAGGCUUCUCAACAACUUAGUGGUGGCGCUGUGGUCAGCCUGGCAGAAUCGUUAACUUCACUGAGUACGUUACAGGGCCAGACAGAGAUUUUGUGCAGUACAACCCAAGCCGAAGGUCAGCAGUUGAGUGGUAAUGGCAUGACUCUGGCACUGUCUGCGUCGCCGCCAUCAUUGCCACCCACAUGUGGCAUUCAAGCUGCUGUGAGCCAGUCCAUUGUGGUGCAAACAAUUAGUGCACAAAAUGUUACCCUACCUCAUACUGUGGGUGCUUCUGUGCCUCUGGCAACCCAGAUCUCUGUACCUGGCACAGUAUCUGCACAACCUGUUUGCAGUGUUCCUUCUGUACAACAAACACUGAUUCAUAAUCAACCUCAAACAGCUUUUCUUCCAAAUCAACCCCAUAUUCAUUAUUCUGAAGUCGAUAUAGAUUUGAAUACCAAAGGCACUGGCAUUGAUGAUAUCAAGACGUUGGAUGAAAAGCUUCGAUCGUUGUUUAGUGAACAUAGCACUGGAGGGUGUCCUCACGUUUCAGCACCUUUGGAAAUGGGAUUGAAUGCAGAGUCUGCCACAAUUGAUAGUUUGCUUGCUGCAGGAAAAGUAACUGGUAUACCAGGGACUUCAACAGUUACUGUCCCAUCCUACCCAGUUGCCACCACAGGUUCUAUCAUGCCUCCUUCCAGUCUACCUCUUGGCCCUACAGGACUUCCAUUAACUAUCCAGCAACCUUCGACUCCUUCCAGUUAUCCAGCAGUUGUUCCUUCUAUGCCCAGUGUCAUUCCAACUGCAGGGCGACCAGGCACGCCGCCAUCCAAAGCACCACUUGGCAGAUUACCUGUGCAACAGCUAAGUACGGAAGCUCUUGACCAACAAUUAAAACAGGCUCUCACUCCACCCACUGAGCAGUUGCCACCUUUUCCAGGACCUUCACUAACCCAGUCACAACAACCUUUGGAUACUUUGGAUGCCCAAUUGAGACGAGCCCUGAGUCCAGAGACUGUGUCAAAUAUACCUGUUGUGUUUACUUCAGUGCAGAGUGUGGUUCCUGUGAAUGGCUCAGUGGUGUCUUCUGUUCAAAGCUUUACGGCAACCAGCUUGCCUGCAGAAGGUCUUGCUACACAGCCUGAUGAUAAUGUGGUUGACUCGGAAGACAAAGCUGGCUCUCGUGAGGAAGAUGUCAUGACAACAAACAAAGUUACAGUUAUUGGUAUUGGAACUGGAGUUGUGAAAAUGGGUCGUUUUCAGGUUUCUGUUGCAACAAAUGAUGACUUGCAUCAGGAAGCGUAUGACAAACAAAGGGAGUGUAAGCAGAAACGUACUUCAGAGGAAUCCUCUUCUGGAAGCAGUCCUGAAAGUACACUUAUAAAACCAUCUGGAAGUGGCAGCCAUGACGAUGCUGUGGAUGGUGCACCUGUAAUUGAAAGCAAAAAUAGUGAAUCCCUACCAUACCAAGAACCAGCUCAGCAGGCAAAAAUAGGACGGUUCCAGGUCACAACAAGAAGAGACACUGUUGGCCGUUUUUCAGUGGCAAGGACGCAAGAUGAAGUUACAUAUGAGGCUGGCAAGGGAAACUUUCCUAGUGUUCCUAUGAGUACUUCUCCACUAACAGAACUUUCAUCUUUGCCAGUGGAUCAUGUUACAGAUCAAAUUUUACCACCUAAAGAAUCAAUUGAAUCAGAACAAUAUCUACAUACAAAUGGACCUGUUUUGCCUGAGACCGGGCAACCCCUUUCAAAGGAACUGGGUCAAACGACGGUUGAUCAUGCAGGCAGUCCAGCCUCGCCUCAAUCAUCAGAAUCUAAGAGUACCAUCAUUGUGCAGAACCUUACCAAUUCUUUCAAUUCUUCUUACAUGAGCAGUGAUAAUGAUUCAGAAAUUGAAGAUGAAGAUAUGAGGAAAGAGCUGCAUAGACUGAGGGACAAACAUUUGAAAGAGAUUCAAGAAUUGCAAUCACGGCAAAAGCAAGAGAUUGAGGAGCUCUAUAUAAAAUUGGGUAAGGCGCCACCUGCAGUAAUAAUUCCACCUGCAGCACCCCUGUCUGGACGUCGCAGACGACCCACCAAAGGGAAAAGCAGCAAAUCCAGUCGGAGCAGCUCUCAAGGACAAAAAAGUCCCUUACUUUCAGGGCCUUUAACUGCUCAGAGUACUUCAAUGUUGACAGUACCACAGAUGCUGUUGCCAUCCCAAAGUACUCACGAAUUCACCAUUUCUGGACAAGGUCAGUUGCUGAAACCCUCGCCAUCCAGUGAAAAUUUAUACUCUGCUUACACAAGUGAAGGGGUGAUUUCUGGGCAAAGUGUCUCUGUUACUGGACCAGGCUCAGCAGCGUUUCACUGUGCAUCAGAACAAGUAACAUUUAAACUUGGCGGCAGAAGGACAAGGUUUCUGAGUACGCCCUGUCUGGCUCUUUGGAAGAUGGUGAAAAAAGUCUGCCCAUGCAACCAACUGUGUAGGACAACUAGCACAAAUGCAGUUAGUGGGGUUGGGCAAAUGACCCAGCAACAACCGGCGAUGACCAGUAGAAAAGGCACCUUCACAGAUGAUUUGCAUAAGCUGGUAGACAAUUGGGCUCGAGAUGCCAUGAACCUUUCACAGAACAAGCGUGGCAUCAAGCAGCAAGGUCAACCAGGCCAGCAUUACUCUGAAACAAUGCCAAGGAAGUAUUCAGCACCAGGUCAGCUUUGUGUCUCCAUGACCAACUCUGUGGGAGGACCUUCUAUUUCUGCAGCUUCAGUGGGUUCACUGGGUCCUUUUGGCAAGACUCCGCUCUGCCAAUAUGGUUAUCCUGGAGCACCAUAUAGUGCCCAGUGGACUGGAGCACCCCCCCAACAGCAACCAGGGAUUAUACCGCCGACGGCUAGCCUCCAGUUUCAAGGAGUUGGUACCGCUUCACUACAGAGCUUUCCCUUGGGUACUUUGCAGAAAUCUGUCAGCAAUCCUAAUGGAUCCAAUCUUAGGACAACAUAGAUGCUAAUUCUGGAUAAGUGUGAUCAAUAGACUGAGUGGAAUUCAAGGUUAAAUGCCUCUGCUGAUGUUGCCAGGGAUAGGUCAUAGAGCUUCAAAGCGUACAAAUGGCUGACACUGCUUUUAUAUACACAGCAUCAUUGAGAGCUAUUUUACUAGUUCUGUUUCAAACAGCGUUCUGUGCGGACAUGUAUUUACCCAUCAGUUUUUGAUGUUCAAACACUGUGAUAUAUAAAUGUUGUUGGACAACAGUAGUUAAAAGUGGAUUUAGAGGGUUUAAAGUUUUAAAGAAAAACAAAAAAAACUAAAGCUAGCUAUAAUCCAUACUUAUCAGAGACACUUUAACUUCCUUUGUUACUUCAUUGUAUUAGGUAAAUAAAUGUGAAUGUAAAAUUGUAUAAAUGUACUUGAAUACCUGUUUUCCCAGUAUGCUUGCUGGAUUCAUAGUGCCUUGUAUUGUGCUUCUGACUUGUCUGCAGGAAAGCACUUAGUGUCCCCCAACAGAGAAAAUAAAAAGGAAGAGAGCAAGUGAAGAUGGAGUUGUGGUAAUGUGGAUAGUUACACUUGUUCUUUGACAGAACUGUUGUCACUGGCAGUGACUGAAAUGCCAUCCGUUCCCCCUAAAUCUGUUCUAGUCUUUGUCCUCCCCUCCCAGGUGAUAGCCUUUUAAUUACUGAAAACGUGGAGUCACUUAAAGCUAAGGUAAUAAUGGUUUAAGUUUUCUUGUGUAGUUUAAGGGUCUGCAAUUUUCAGAAUUUUUGUCAAGUGCUGUUGCUUCCAAAAAUGCAUUGGAAAAAUCAUUUGCAUUUGAUUCUAUUAAAGUUACCAAGUCAAAAAAAUUAUUUAGUAGUUAUCACUAUGAAUACUGCUGAUGCAUAUUAAAAGCAGCAGCCCCUCUACAUGCCAAAACAUGUUUUAUUUUCCUUCAUGUGGUUUUAAAUUGGUGGAGGAAAAUUAGGUACUAUGAAGAAUCCACCAUUAAUCUUUAAGUAUAAUUCAUCAUUGCAGUUUAUUGAUCAUCUAUUUAUUGUAUAGAUGACCACAGUAAAAUUUAUUUUGUAGUUUGAGGCUGUCACCAUUUAAAAUAACUUUUGAAGCAACAUGGAAACAUUUGAUAUUAACCUGGAUAUACAUGGGAAAUGUGAAGAAUGAUAUGGAGAACUUAUAAUCACUUUGGAAGGCCUUUCUGAUACUCUCCCCUGGUUUUUCCUAGAAUGUAAAUCUUGAUAUACAAAUGAAAUUCUACAUUGCCCACAAUCUAUCCAGCAGUGAUUAUAUUUAGGCUGAGUACAUUAAUUUAAAUUCAAAAUUAAAAGACCAAGCUGAUGUAGAACUUUUUUUUUACAUUGUUAUAUGUAAAAAAAAAUAUAUAUAUAGAUUUUGUUUCCUGCAUGAAUAGUUACUUAAAAAUUUGGGACAUUUUCCUUUACCCCAACCCUGAGAAUGUUUCCCCUUCCUCUUACCACAUUUCAAGCCAAACUACACAUUUAAUUUUGUUUUGCCAGGUAUUUGCAGAAAAGUGACUUGUGAAGAACUGGUUGAGGGAGUUAUGUUGCAGUUUUUAGUGAUGUGAAAAAAAAGGACAAAUAUACAAAAUUUGGAUGCAAAGGUUGUUUUCGGGAGAGAAAAGUUUCAGUUCUCUGACUUUAUCAAAGAACUGUUAAAACCCUGCAUUUGUAAUUGUUGCAAACUGCAGGUGAGCACUUUAUUUUUUUUCAAGUAAAAUUGAGGAAGGUUGCACCAUUUAUUAAAUUUUUUUUCAAUAUGAAUGAAUGGUUAGUUCUGCUGUAACUGUUACAACAAUUCAUGGAACUGAAGAAUUUUUACUGCAGCACCUGUUGCAGACUGUUGCUGAUACGUGAGCCUUAAUAGAGAUGGGAAGCUUAAAAUUUGAAGUUGUAGAAGUAGACAUACUAUAGCAAAUUAUUCCAUUAGCUCUUGUUUGAAACACCCAAACUCUAAGAAAAGCAUGCUUUGAAAUUAGAGUUCCCUUGUAAAAAAAAAUUACCUGUUAUGAAGAACACAUUUUUGUCUCUCUCAAGGCUUUAAUACAAAAAGCUUAGAAUUAUUGUGUAAUUUUAUUGUUAGUUGGAAGUGUGAUGGUAUUCUGUA